GUAUUCUAGCGGUCGGGUCUGUAUCGUGGUCUUGUCGUUUGUCGAUCGAAGUGAACAAGAGCAAAAAUGUCGGCCGCAGAACUCAACCCAAGACCUAUCCGGGUUUCUCCCUUGAUCAAGUUUAGUCGAUGGAGCCUCUUGGCUGUGGGUGUUGUUUAUGGAGCUUUCCAUCAGAGUAGGUUGAGCAAGAAGGAAAAUGCUCGCAGAGAACAAGAAGAACUAGAACGACCAGCACGUGAAGCUAAGCUUGCAGAGGAGAGGAAGCGGGCUGCAGCAGCGGAAAUCAAAGCCCUGGAGGAACUUACCCAGGGAAAGUGAGCCAUUCAUCCCUCAUAGUGUCUGUUAAAUGAAUUAUGGAUAAUUUUGUUGCAAAAUAUGUUUUAUGAAAUUAAAUUUUCCACAAAGUCCAAUAUUGCAUCUGUGGACAUGUAAACUUUAAAAACAAGAAUAAAAUUAAAACUUACUUCCAAGGAAAA